AUGAAGUUCUCUUUCGUCGCCUCCCUCGGUCUCGUCGGCUGUGCUCUUGCUCUUCCUGCUCCGCAGGAGGGUGGUGGCUUCCUGCCGCCUCCUCCCCCCGGCUCCGGUGGCCCUCCUGGCUUCCCUACCGAGCUCCCUCCUUGGGUCACCACUACUCCCAGCAGCAGUGCUAGCGUUACCCCCACCAGCAGUGCUAGUGUGACUCCCACCGGCUCCCCCUCUCCCACUGGCUUCGUGAAGCGUCAGUUCGGCGAUGAGCAGGACGGCGGUUUCCCUGGCUGGGACUGGUUGACCAGCAUCUUCGGCCCUGGCGGUCCUGACGGCCCUGGUGCCCCCACCGGCUCCCCUACCCCAAGCGGCUCCCCCAGCAGCUCGGUGCCGUUCCCUACCCCGACCGGCUUCCCCUUCCGCAACUAA